UACCACAUUUCAUAUACAGAUCUCUGCAGAAUAUAUAGUCCAAGGUUUUUUAUUUGAAUACAUACAUGUCACCCAAACUGUGUUCUGGAUUCUUUUGUUAAUUACGUUCUCAUCAGCCAAGAAAAACAAUGAGGGAGGUUGUGAUUGUUGCAAUUGCUGCUACACUUGGGAAUCUUCUGGUUGGAUGGGAUAGUUCAACCAUUGCUGGGGGGCUGAGUUACAUCAAACAAGAGUUCCACUUGGAAACAGACCCCACCCUAGAGGGUCUAAUUGUGUCCACAUCGUUUCUCACUGGCACUGUUGUCACAAUAUUCUCUGGGACAGUCUCCGACAUGCUCGGAAGGCGUCCUAUGCUGAUAACAUCAUCGAUCAUGUUUUUCCUCAGCGGUUUGGUGAUGCUGUGGGCACCUAAUGUUCUCGUGGUUCUGUUGUCGAGGCUGUUGGAUGGAAUAGCCAUUGCACUGACUAUAACACUCACUCCCCUCUACAUAUCAGAGAUUGCACCACCUGACAUCAGAGGCACUCUCAACACUCUCCCUCAGUUUUCGUGUUCCGGGGGAAUGUUUGUGGCGUACAUCAUGGUGUUCUGGUUGUCCCUGAUGGAGAAUCCAAGUUGGAGAGCAAUGCUUGGCGUUGUGUCUGUUCCUGCUGUUGCUUAUUUUUUUCUGGCUGUGCUUUACCUCCCUGAAUCUCCUCCUUGGCUUGUGAGUAAAGGGAGAAUCACUGAGGCUAAGAAAGUUUUGCAAAGAAUUCGCGGCACUGACGAUGUUUCAGGGGAAUUGGCUCUGCUGGCUGAGGGUAUGAAUCCAGGGGGUGAAAACACCACCAUAGAAGAGUACAUAGUAGCCCCCGCCGGUGACCUCAUAGCCAACAAGGAAGCAGGAAGGGAUUGCAUAAAGCUCUAUGGACCCCACCAAGGAGGAGUUUCAAUGGUUGCACAACCAUUGAGUGGACAAGGUAGCAUGGUAUCUCGCAGCAUGUUAACCUUGUCUCGCCAAGGAAGCAUUGUUGCACAGGCUGCAAAUCUCAAAGACCCUCUAGUCAAUCUCUUUGGGAGCAUGCAUGAGAAUGUUACCCCCCUUGAAGCUGGUGCAGGUUCAAGAAGCAUGCUAAUGGGGGAGCCAGAUCAGAGCCCCUAUGGCAACAGUGAGAACCUGCAUGCUCCAUUGCUUUCAGCACAAGGGAGCACUGUGGAGAGGGUUGGAUCCAAAGACAUGUUAAAAGUUGGGAGCAAUAACACUGACAUUGGUGGAGGUUGGAAAUUGGUUUAUAAAUCAACUGACCAGGGUGGGAAAAGGGAAGGGGCACGCCAAAGGGUGUAUCUGCGUGCAGAUCCUAAUGCUGCAGUAUUGUCUCAGCAAGGAUCUUUUGUUUCUGGCUAUGAUUUGCAUGCAGAUGGUAGUACUGAGGCUUUUCCAGCAGCUGCACUUGUUAGUCACUCAGUUAUCAGCCCUAAGGAUAUGAGCAUCAAACCAGAAGUUGCUGCCAAACGUACUGGUUGGGGAGGUUUGUUGGAUUUAGGAGUCAGGCGCGCAUUGGUUGUUGGAAUUGGACUGCAAGUUCUUCAGCAGGCUGCUGGCAUAAAUGGAUUUCUAUACUAUGCUCCCCAGAUUCUUGAACAGGCAGGUGUUGGGCCACUUCUGUCAAAUUUGGGUAUUAGUUCAAGAUCUGCUUCAUUACUUGUAAAUGUCAUUACAACAUUCACUAUGCUCCCUUGUAUAGCCGUUUCCAUGAGGCUCAUGGAUAUUGCUGGCAGGAGGUCAAUAAUGCUAUACACAAUACCCAUUCUGGUAGUGUCUCUCAUGGUACUAGUACUUCGGGACUCAUUUCACAUGGGUUCCACCCUUAAUGCAACAAUCACUGCAGUGAGUGUUAUGGUAUACGAAAGCUGCUUCUGCAUGGGACUUGGUGUGAUUCCAAACAUCUUGUGUUCAGAAAUCUUCCCAACAAGUGUUCGCGGAAUAUGCAUUUCUAUUUGCUCCCUCACAUUUUGGAUCUGCACAUUGAUAGUCACUUCUUUAUUUCCCUUCUUGCUCCAUCUCCUUGGUCUUACUGGGGUCUUUGGAUUAUUCGUUGUUGGGUGCAUCAUUGCAUGGAUAUUUGUCUACUUGAAAGUUCCUGAAACAAAGGGCAUGCCUCUUGAAGUCAUCAUUGAGUUCUUCUCUAUUGGUGCGAAGCCUGAAUGAAACGUACUGAUCUUGCAAGGUUCGGAAGCAAAUUAAAAGCUGAAUUAAUACUCACAUAAUUUUCAUCACAAGGAAGAUGGAAAGAAGGAUAUUGCCAUUGAAAUAUUUUCAAGUUUGAUUGCUUUUGAUUCCCCUAAAAUUAUGAGUUUAAAAUUUUGUUGGAGGAAGAUUGACACCAUUUCGGGAACUUUCUACUUUUCUCCUUUGAAAAGAAGAUUAUAAUAAUCUAAUAUUUAUUUAGACACAAUGUAAUUAUACCUACAGCUUGUCUGGAUACAC